GCAUCAGUGUGCUCUCACAUCCCAAGAUGGGGCUGGCUGGCUGGCACCCCCUUCUUAGGCCAUUUUAUUAUAUAAACACACACAGUAGCGGGAGGUAGAUUAGCCAAAGUGGCUAGACAAAAAGUGAAGAAUUAACAACUAACAAGUCAAGUACAAAACCAGCAUCUAUCAAUUCUCCAUGCAUUUACCUCACGCCAGAUAGGUACUCAUCACCAACACCUCACGCUUAAUGCUACCUUAAACCGUAAUCAAUAACCCCUCUCCACUCUCACUAUUAUUAACGUCAUUUAAUUUAACCAUUUACUUCCAUUGCUCCCUCACUUCACUUAUUCUGGCUUGUAUCUCCUCUUUUUCAUCACUCAUCACUUUCCACUCCCAAUAGGCCAACACCCACCACUCUCUGCCACCUCACUCACUCUCUCUCUCUUUCUCUCGAAUCAUCUACUAUCAAUUUUCCUUUACCACCCGAUAUGAUAUGAUUCUCCAGUCUUCAAAAUCAAAAGAGAUGAUCACCGUGAACCAAAACGAAAUGGUGGUGGAUGAAGGCCUCCUUCACGAUAUCAUGCUUAACUCACCCUCCCUCCACCACCUUCCUCAAACCACGCACUACAAUUACAAUUACAAUUAUAACCCCUUUGAUGAUACUACCGUCUCCUGGAUAAACGACGACGUUUCUUCUCCCUCUCAGUCUCAGCUCACUAGCACCGCCCUUCACCUACCACCACCGCCGCCGCCGCCACCACUGAUUGAUCAUCAACAAACGGAGUUGCUGCUGCCAACCGAACAGCAACAGCAAGUGGAAGAAGACUCUGCGAUAAGGCUGGUCCACAUGCUCAUCUCAUGCGCCGAUUCUCUCCAGCGAGGCCACGUGGCACACGCCGCUUCCCUCAUCGACGCCAUGCAAUCACUCCAAAGACACGUCACCACCGCCUCCGCCAUCGGCAAGGUCGCCGCUCACUUCAUCGGCGCCUUAACACGCCGCAUCUUCGCUCCUCCCCUCACCGACCGCCACGGCGGAGUCGGUGCAGUCGCUAACGACGACGGAGGCGUACUUUACCAUCAUUUCUACGAGGCAUGUCCUUAUCUCAAGUUCGCUCACUUCACCGCCAACCAGGCGAUCCUCGAGGCCUUCAGCGGCCACUCCUCCGUCCACGUCGUCGACUUCCACCUCGCGCAUGGACUCCAGUGGCCGCCGCUCAUCCAGGCGCUCGCACUUCGCCCAGGCGGUCCCCCCUCCCUCCGCAUCACCGGCAUUGGCCCUCCCUCUCCGGACCGCCGCGAUGCCCUCCGCGAAACCGGCAUCCGCCUCGCCGAACUUGCCCGCUCCGUCAACGUCCGGUUCGCUUUCCGAGGAGUCGCUGCGUCAAGGCUUGAGGACGUGGAGCCGUGGAUGCUACAGGUGCGGCAGGAGGAGGCGGUGGCGAUCAACUCCGUCAUGCAGCUCCACCGACUCCUAGGAUCCGAUUCGGGAAUCGACUCGGUCCUGGGUUGGAUCCGGAGGUUAAACCCUAAGAUCGUAACCGUGGUUGAACAAGAAGCGAAUCAUAACCAGACCGGGUUCUUGGAACGAUUCACGGAAGCGCUGCAUUACUACUCGGCCGUUUUCGACUCGCUAGAGGCUUGCCCAAACGAACCGGAUAAGUCGCUAGCCGAAAUGUACCUGGAGAGAGAGAUUGGCAACGUGGUUUGUUGUGAGGGGCCGGCUCGGGUGGAGAGGCAUGAACCGCUGGCCCAAUGGAAGGCCCGGUUGGAGAAAUCAGGGUUUAAGUGCGUCGGCCUGGGCUCAAAUGCGUUACGGCAGGCGAGCAUGUUAUUGAGCUUGUUCUCAGCUGAGGGGUACUGCGUUGAAGAGAAGGAAGGAUGUUUGACUUUGGGUUGGCAUGGGAGGCCCCUCAUUGCUGCUUCGGCUUGGCAACCCUUUCCCCUCACCCCUGACCCACACCCGCACCCACAUUGGCUUCCUUAGUCUUACUCUUAGUCUUGUAUCUUUCAAACUGUUUGGAGCCAUAAGUGGUUGUACAAUCAUUUUCAUCCCCCCUUUUUUGGAUUCUUCUAUUAUCUCUGGGCUUUUCCUUGUUAUGUUCUUUUCCAUUUUAUGUUGCAUAUUUGUUAUGUGAAAUGGCUACUAAGAAUUUAUCUCUA